AUGGAUGACGUCUGGUCCAUCUUUGGGGACCCUCCUCCCACGUCUCCGGUCGGCACAGCCGGAUGCGCACCCGCACCAGCUGUGCCCGCCACCGCCGCCAGUAGCAAGCGCAACGCUCUCGCGCCAUUCGCGGAUGCCAAUGGCGAUCAGGUCGUUGUCCCGCCCCGGCUGACCGCUGCCGCCGACGUCAACACCGCCGACGCGCUCUGUGUGUGGCCCGAGCACCCUCCGCGUGUGGUCGGCCCGAUUGCGGUGCGGCAGAUCCCGGGGUCGGGCCGCGGCUUCGUGGCGGCUCGCGACAUCUCGCCCGGCCAAGUCCUGAUAUGGGAGCAGCCCUUUGUGCCCUGGCCGUCAGCCGAACACGAGCCGCUCUCGCUGUUGCAGUCCGUGCUCCGGCGCAGCGCGGUGGAGCGACGGGUCGCCCUGGCCGCGCUCUCGCGGCUGCACCCGAUGGAGCUGCGCAGCGUGUCUGCCUUUGACCGGCCGCGCCUGGAGGAGGAGCACUGCGCGUGCGUCGACGCGCUGCUGCAGGAGCCGGGCGCGGCCGACCUCGGCGGCGAGGGCAGGAGGGCAGGACUUCACGGCGGCGGGCUCGGCGACGAGGGCAGGCGGGCCGAGCUGCUGCGGCUUUGCCUCGUGUGCCGCUGGAACGCGUUCGCCUCGGGCCUGUUCCUGCACCAGUCCAUCUUCAACCACGCGCCCUCGCGACGCGCCAACGCCGACAAGGCCGCGCUGCGUGCCGGCGGCACGCUGACGAGCGUCGUGCGAGCCACGCGGCACAUCGCUCAGG